AUGAAUCCAACUCUGCCAACACCAAAAUCAAAGCUUACUCCACCUCCAACUCUGUCAAAUGUUGCGCGACGCGUUGUAGAGACGAUGUCACCGCAACGCUCACAUCAAGGCGCGAAUGCACAACAGCCACCAGAGGAAAUCAUCUUGAUUAAACACCAUCUUGCAGUUAACGGUUUGAAACCAUUGCUAAUAUCGAGACUCGAUCAUCAAGAUGCUAUAGCACGCCUGAAUCUGCUUAAACUAAUUAAGGCUAGUAUUGACACACUACAAUAUCUUCCUAAAGCUAGAAUCUUCGAUUUGUUUAAUACGAAAUACACCCGUACUGUCAUUAUUGGAGUUGGAUUAAUGGUGUUCCAACAGUUUGGAGGAAUAAAUGGAAUCGAUUUCUAUGCAAGUGAAACGUUUGUGGCUGCCGGAUUUUCUUCAGGGAAAUUUGGAACAAUUGAUUAUGCUAUAAUUCAGGUUUUACCCGUCCAGUUUGCCGAUUUGAUUGCCGAUUUGAAUAAGUCGCUAGCCAUGUUUUUGGUUCGUAGUUUGGACUUCGUGCUUCAAGGUGUUGCUGUUUGUGUGAGAUAUGUUUGGGGGAAAGGAGUGUUUCGGCCAUUGGCUUUGGAAGACCGAUCGGAAUCUUUUCGCCCAGUUUCUACCGGCGUCAGUGUCCCUUGCCCAGAUAUGGUCCAUUGUAAUUGUUUUGAUUACUAUAAUCUCCUGCCCGGACUGCGCGAUCUGCCCGGACUGCCCCUCAAACCCAAAGUACCCAAGUACACCUUUCCCUUUUCCCGUCUCGAGCCCUCGCGACAAUCUCAAUCUCUUUCUAUAAAUCGCGCCUUGUCUCUACACCCAUCGCAUUUUUCUCUCCAUCUACAAAAUCCUCACUUGUUUUUUUUGUCUAAAUCGGAGGAUUUUAAAGGUUUUGAUCAGAGAAUCGAAGCUAUAGAAAUGAAAAUAAGCAGUGGCAAUUAG